AUGGAUCAUCCCUCGUCACAGGGCAUGAUGCCUGGCUUGCAUUGCAACUCAGUAACUCCGGGUUCAGUUCAGCCUGAAUAUUGGAACAAUCUGGAUUCGUUAUAUUCCGGUCCUGAUCCUCCACACCAGCAUCCACACCCGUCCCAACAGCAGAUGCAUCAGUCGCACCAGCAGCAGCAUCGGCAACAACAACAGCAGCAGCAACAGCAACAACAACAACAGCCGCAGCAACAAACUCAAUCAAUGGGCAUCGGCUGGGACCAUCCGAUCUUCAGUCAGCAGCAUCCGCAAAGGACACAUGUACCAUCACAUCAAGACCAAGAUCAUGGCAUCUAUUCAUCGUCAACUCCGCAGUCGUGGCAACAAAAUUCACUACAACAACAUCUCCAUCAUCAUCAACAACAACAGAUACUUUCGCCAGCUCCACAGGGUCUUGGGGUGCCCACUCAGUAUCAUCAGGUUCAUCGAUAUCCUCCAGGCCAGGUGACAUUCGAUUCACGGCCUCUCCCUGCAGCUAACAACCCUUCAUAUCAAACUUACUCAUUCCCUCAGAACUUCUAUUCUUCUCAGCACAUGUCGCUUCCAGAUGCCUUUCCUCAAUCAAAUCCACCGCAGGCCUCUCGAUCGCAGACUUCCCAGCAGAAUCAUUACCAGACCGUCGCACAUCAGACGCCUAUUGCAUCAUACUCGCUUCCUACCGGAUAUUCCGAAGGGAACUCGCUACAAAUGUUACCGACGACCCCACCAUCAAUCCUCAGAUUCUUAAUCCCGCACAGCAGUCUUCUUCUAAUCAAACUCCUUCUCUCCAAAACCCGCUGUUUAACUUCUUCGAGAACGACUUGCAAGUGCCAUCUCUUAUGGGUGAGAGUACAAGUAGUAAUCGACCUACUCCCGGUCAAAAUGCCUUUGAGGGGACUUUCCAAGUCAACGGUAAAACCAACUGAACUGCCGAAGAAGAAAGCUCGCACGAAGACAGUGUCGAAGAAAUCAACAUCUCCUCCGAAGAAGUCUUCGGCAUUGGAAAGCGAGACUUCUGAUGACUCCGACCUAGAAAUCCAACUUCCCGAAGAGCCAUCCCCCAUACCGGCGACGCGACCCAAUGAACCAGAGGCUGCUGUGGAAUACGAUACUCUUCAAGCCGUGUGGUCGCCACGCAAUCGCAGGCCCAAUGCUGAUAAGGUCAAAAAUGCUUUAGUUGCAUUUAAAGACGUUGUCAAACGUGUGAGGGAUGCGUGGAAAGAAAGCAGUCAAGCGAUGAAGAUAGCGGAGAACAAAGAGGAGAACGACAGAGCAGCCCAACUCAAGAAGGAUGUUGUCCUGCAACGUCGCCUGAUGGAUGUGGUUGUCAGUACCACCCUUGAAAAAGGCCACCCGGCUAUCGUUGAGAAGUAUGUCCUUUAUCUUUUCCUAUUCUUGUUAUUCAGGCAUUUCGUCGUUAUGGCCUUAGAAGUCAGAAACGAAUCGAAAAAUCUCUCCCCCUUACUCGCACGCUUUGGCACCGUGGACGAGGAGGUGCUCCAGAAAACUAAUAUUGCUAAACUUCUACCCCGUUUCGUGAAGAAGGGGGGCCCCACUGUCAAGGAGCUCUCUCAGAAGAUCCUAGAUAAUGCUGCUGCUUCCACGAAAAGGAAACAGGAGUCUACCAAACCCGCAGCUAAAGAGAGGCAGGCAACCAAGAGCUCUCCCUCUGAAGCUGCACCUGCAAAUAAUUCCCGCCCCGAAAUCACUGGCUCGAAGAGGCCUCGGGAGGGAGAAUCCAAUGGCCAGGGUGCUUCAAAGCGGAUGGUUGUAACAUCCAAUAUCAAGCCUAGCGCAAAGGCAGGCAAUGCUACCAUUACUGGCUCUGUCAAGCGCCCACAAGAGACAGCUCAGGAGAACAGAUCUGCUGCUGCUGUCUCGCGUCCGAAGGCAAACAUUAUCGCUCCCAAGCCUACAAGCCUCUUUGGCAGCUUGGUUUCUGCUUCCAAACGGCCAGGCACCUCAAAUGCAGAGCGCGCUGCCGCCGCAGCUGCCGCAGCGAAAACAAGCCCUCCGGCCGAAAGGAAAGAAACUCAAGCACCCCCUCCUAGACCUACUUUCUCCUUUGGCGAUAUUAUGGCAGAUCUUAAUAAGCAAAAGGGCCCUGAAUCAGUUGAGCCAACUGAGGAUCGACCUCCGGAAUCCGAAGAAGAACGCAAGAGGCGACUUCGCAAGGAGGCUCGAAGAAAAUUGCGCGUCAGAUGGAAACCUGACGAGUCUCUUACGGAAGUCCGUCUCUUCACCCACGAUCCUGACGAGGAGCUGGGACCGGGUGAUCGAUCUCAGGGAGAAAUUGGUGACAUCAAGGGAGAGGGUAGUGUCCUUAAACUGCACAGAGAUCUUGAAGACUUGGAAGAUGACGAUGAUGGUGUUAUUCGCGAAGAGAAUUUGAUGGACUAUACAGAGCCUUCGGAAAUUGACAAAGGCGACAUGACAUCUGAGGAUCGCUCCAGAAACUACAUCAAACGAGGUGGCACGCAAGAGCCUUCUAGUCCCGAGAAGCAAGCCCAGAAUCAUCGGGAAGCUACUACGCUUAUGGUUUUCUACACGUCUCCUGCGGAUAUUCCUUCCUCGCCAAAGGAGCCGCCCCAGACUGACACUGAUGAACCUGUGACUGAAGUGAUUUCCUUCGGAGAAUUGCCGGAUCACAUCAAGGUUCGACAAGAGCGAUACUACGCAGCGGUCAACCCGAAGCCAGCCCCUGUAGCAGCUGCGCCGCCUCUUGCUCAGGCCAGCCAGUUCGACAUCUCUAACUUGCUUAAAAUCAUCCAGAACGCAUCCCAGCAACAGUCUACUCCUCCCCCGCCGCCGCCUCAGCCUGCGUCACAGGCGCCCAUGUCUGACCUGGAGCGGACCAUCAGCAUGUUCCGCCAGCAGCAACCUCAAGUUCCACAAAUUCCCCAGUUCCCGGCCGUUUCUCAGGCGCCAGCGAUGCAAGGCUUCGAUUUCCAGAAAAUAUUGGCUGUCAUGAGUGCACAAAAACAGAUGCCGCCUGCGCCUAUUGUACCCCAAGUCCCACAAGCGCAACCGGCGAUAGCGCCGAAUCUCGCUGCCAUAAUCUCACAGUUCGCCAACCAAAAUCAGCAGACUAGUUCGUCUCAACCUUCUGGCCAUCAAUACGAAGAACCAGAGCGCAAGCGUAUGCGUGAGACGGAUGGAUCCGAAGAAUCCAGUGAUGAUAGAUUUGGCUACGCCAAGCGAAGCAAGUUUGGAGCACCAAACAAGAAGCACUCCCUUGCCGAUACUGGCGCGAAGGAAAGUGUCUCAAAGGCGACAACUGCACCUUCCGCCAUGAUCCUCUGA